AUGAAAUCCGUCCAGUUUGCCAGUGUCGAGGAGCAAUACCGGAAAUACGAUGGUCAACUGCGAGCGUCGGAUGUUCAGAGAUUGGGCGAUUGGGCCAACACCCAACCCCAUCUGCCUCCGAUCACCGAGCCGGAGUUGAUGCUGUUUCUGCACUCAAAUUACUACGACAUGGAAGCGGCUCAAAGCACCAUCGAGAACUACUACACCUUCCGCACGAGCUGCAAGAAUCUGUUUGGUAAUCGGGACUUGGAAAAACCUGCUAUACAAACUGCUAUGGGGGUGCUUGACUUCAUCAUGCUGCCGGACUUGACAACUGAAGGCUACCGAGUUAUGAUGGCAAAAAUUGUUGACCCGGACGCCAGUAAGUUCUCCCUGAGCUCCAUCUUGACGUUAGCGGGAAUGUUCAUUGAUGUGACCCUCUGGGAGGAAGGAUGCAUCAAUGGAUCAAUCCUCAUCAUUGACAUGAACGGUAUUCAUUUGAGCCAUCUGCCAAAGCUGGGCAUUUUCACUCUCAAGGAUCUGCUGUACUACGUCCAGGAGUGUCUACCCGUGCGACUGAAGGGGCUUUACCUGGUCAACUUGGUGCCGUUCAUCGAUCGCAUUAUGGCCAUGAUCCGACCUUUUAUGAAGAAGGAGCUACUGGAAAUCUUCCAUCUUCAUACCAACAUCGACCUCAUGUUUAACGACAUUCCCCAGCGACUGCUUCCGGCCGAUUAUGGUGGAAAUGCUAAGCCCCGGAAGGUGCUUAGAGAUGAACUGUACGAUCACGUUAUGGAAUAUGCAGACUUUCUGGCAAAAUAUGAUCUUAUAAAACGUGUCGAUGAAAGCAAGCGUAUUGCCAAACCGCGCACAAUGAGCAAUUUAUUCGGAUUGCUCUAAAACCGAUGGCCU